AUGGGUCCUGCACCCCUGCGUGGGAAGCUUCGGACCUUGUGGCUCGGCAGGGUGGGGUCAGCCAUCGAUUUGGAGCUCCUCCGCGUGGGCAUCCAACGCGUGGGGGCGGAGGAACUGGACUUGCUCUACGUGCUGUUCUGCAGCUCGUGGCCCGGUGGGGCUUCUGUGAUGAGAAGGAGAAGCUUCCCGCUGCAGCUGCAAGUUUUAAGGGGAAAGGCCUUUGACAUCACAUAUGUGCGUCUGAAGUUUCACACCAGUCGGCCGGAAAGCUUUGCGAUCUACAAACGUACCAGAGAAGAUGGCCCAUGGGUGCCCUACCAGUAUUACAGUGGCUCCUGUGAGAGCACGUAUCACAAAGUCAAUCGUGGCUUUAUUCGGACUGGGGAGGAUGAGCAGCAGGCGCUCUGCACGGAUGAGUUCAGUGACAUCUCCCCUCUCACUGGGGGCAACGUGGCGUUCUCAACACUGGAAGGGCGUCCAAGUGCCUAUAACUUUGACAACAGCCCUGUGCUACAGGAAUGGGUGACGGCUACAGAUAUUAGAGUGACCCUUAAUCGUCUGAACACAUUUGGAGAUGAAGUUUUCAAUGACCCGAAAGUUCUCAAGUCUUACUACUAUGCGAUUUCCGAUUUUGCUGUGGGUGGUAGAUGCAAAUGUAAUGGGCAUGCAAGCGAAUGCGUAAAGAAUGAGCUUGGGAAGCUGGUCUGCAACUGCAAGCACAACACCUUCGGGGUUGACUGUGAAAAGUGUCUUCCAUUCUUCAAUGACCGUCCGUGGAGGAGAGCAACAGCAGAAAGCGCCAAUGAAUGCUUGCCUUGCGACUGCAACGGGAGGUCGCAGGAGUGCUACUUCGACCCUGAGCUGUACCGCUCCACAGGCCACGGGGGCCACUGCACAGGCUGCUCGGACAACACCGACGGUGCCCACUGCGAAAGGUGCAGGGACAGCUUCUAUCGCCUGGGGAGCGAGGAGGGAUGUCUGCCCUGCAGCUGCAACCCAGUCGGCUCCCUCAGCACGCAGUGUGACAGCUACGGCCAGUGCAGCUGCAAACCCGGCGUGAUGGGUGAUAAGUGUGACCGGUGCCAGCCAGGUUUCCACUCCCUCUCCGAAGCCGGGUGCAGGCCCUGUUCUUGCAAUCUGGCUGGCAGCACAGGGGAAUGCAAUGUUGAGACAGGACGGUGUACGUGCAAGGACAACGUUGAAGGCUUCCACUGUGAGAGAUGCAAACCUGGAUUUUUCCAUCUGGAUUUCUCCAAUCCAAGGGGCUGUACCCCCUGCUUCUGUUUUGGACACUCUUCAGUCUGCACUAAUGCCAUCGGCUACAGUAUCUACUUCAUCACGUCCAACUUCCAGUUUGGAGAGGACGAGUGGCGUGCUGAGCAGCGCGAUGGCUCGGAAGUCUUACUCCAGUGGAGUGCGGAGACCCAGGAUAUCUCUGUUAUCUCGGACAGCUACUUCCCCAUGUAUUUUGUUGCACCACGCAAGUUCUUGGGCAACCAGGUUUUGAGCUACGGGCAAAACCUGACCUUCUCCUUCCGCGUGGACAGACAGGACACGCGCCUCUCUGCAGAGGACCUGGUGCUGGAAGGGGCUGGGCUGCGAGUGUCGGUGCCGCUCAUUGCCCAGGGCAACCCUUACCCCAGCGAGAGCUCGCUGACCUACACCUUCAGGCUCCACGAGGCUACAGACUACCCGUGGAGGCCUGCUCUUACGGCAUUUGACUUCCAGAAGCUUCUCCACAAUUUGACUUCCAUCAAGAUCCGUGGGACGUACAGUGAGAGAAGUGCCGGCCACCUGGAUGACGUUACAAUCACAAGCGCUCGCCCUGGACCUGGUGUGCCCGUGUCCUGGGUGGAGAGCUGCUCCUGCCCGGCAGGAUACGAGGGGCAGUUUUGUGAGCGCUGCUCCUCUGGGUACCGGCGAGAGACACCGAGCCUCGGGCCCUACAGCCCCUGUGUGCCUUGCGCUUGCAACGGGCACAGCGAGACAUGCGAGCCCGAGACGGGCAUGUGCAAUUGCAGGGAUAACACGGCGGGGUCUCACUGUGAGAAGUGCAGCGAUGGGUAUUAUGGAGAUGCCACAGCAGGCACAGCCUCAGACUGCCAGCCCUGCCCAUGCCCAGGCAGCUCGAGCUGUGCCAUCGUGCCCCGCACGAAGGAGGUUGUGUGCACCAGCUGCCAGGCUGGCACUACAGGCAAGAGGUGCGAGCUGUGUGACGAUGCCUAUUUCGGAGACCCGCUGGGCGAAAACGGUGCUGUGAGGCCUUGCCGCCUCUGCCAGUGCAACGACAACAUCGAUCCCAACGCCGUGGGGAACUGCGACCGCCAGACGGGCGAGUGCCUCAAGUGCAUCUACAACACCGCCGGCUUCUACUGCGACCGCUGCAAAGACGGCUUCUUCGGGAACCCCCUGGCCCCCGAUCCUGCGGACAAGUGCAGAGCUUGUCACUGCAAUCCUUACGGCACUGUGAAUCAGCAGACGAGUUGCAAUCAAGUGACCGGGCAGUGCGAGUGCCUCUCUCAUGUCACUGGGAGGGACUGCAGCACCUGUGAGCCCGGCUUCUUCAACCUCCAGAGUGGACGCGGCUGUGAGAGGUGCAACUGCCACGCGCUGGGCUCCACCAACGGGCAGUGCGACAUCCGAACCGGGCAGUGCGAGUGCCAGCCUGGUGUCGCCGGCCAGCGUUGCGACAGAUGCGAGGUCAACCACUUUGGUUUUGGCUCCGAAGGCUGUAAACCCUGCGACUGUGAUCCCGAGGGUUCGCGCUCUCUGCAGUGCCGGGAGAAUGGUCGCUGCGAGUGCAAGGAAGGCUUUGUGGGGAGCCGCUGCGACCAGUGUGAAGAGAACUAUUUCUACAACCGCUCAUGGCCAGGCUGCCAAGAGUGUCCGGCCUGUUACAGAUUAGUGAAAGAUAAGGUGGCAGAGCAACGAGAGAGGUUGCAGGAGCUGGAAAAUCUUAUAGCAAAUCUGGGUACGGGAGAAGAAACUGUAACCGAUCAAGCCUUUGAAGAGAGGUUGAAGCAGGCAGAAAGAGAUGUUAUGGAGUUGCUUCAGGAAGCACAAAACAGCAAAG